AUGUUAUCUGAUGAGGCAGUGGCUUUGAAAAACAGGGCUGAGGCGGUCGAGCAUGACGCGUGCGCAGUGAGGUGCGCGUGCGUUUUAAGAGGAGAGCUCCUGUUCUACAGAGCAGACUCAGAGCAGACUCUGAUCAGACUCAGAGCAGACUCUGAUCGGACUCAGAGCAGACUACUCCCUGACGGAGGAGAGGCGCUGUCCCCAGAGAGACAGAGAGCCACUCUGCGGAUCCAGAUGAGCGCGGACACAGGCUGCACCGCGGGCUCCGGGCCGGACCGCCUGCUCGUCCUCCUUUGA